UUAGUGAAAAAAAUGUUCAUGGAUUCCUCAUCUUCUUCAUCCUCACUAUCCAUCACGAGAGAAGAGCUCAAUGCUUUCCACAGUUUCGACAGAGCGCUUUUCACUCGUAUUGUCAUAAGUCUAAAAGAAGACAUUACCCAGUCUUUUCAGGUCAUGACCUUUCUCAUCUAUCUCGAUAGGAGUGUUCGCGGGAGCAAACUAAUCAGCGAUCUUGUUUCUCUACCUGACCUUUCCAUCAGCACCAUCGUUGACGAAGUCCAGAUAUGUCGACGUUGCUUGUCCUACACACAUUUCCCAACGUUCCUGGCCAGCAUGGGGAGCAUCAACGCCGCAUCCAUACCUUGGAUCAGGCGUAUGACCAGCGAGAAGUUGACUCUCGCAGUCAUCCACCUGAAUCGCAACGAAAUUAUCCUUGAGAUGACAGAUAUUUUAAACACUAUAUGCUACCCAGCUUUUGAGGAUAUAUGCGUGCUCUUUGAGACGCACAAGGAGAGGAAGUUUAUUCAGUUCUUGUGUGGUCAACAAGGAACAAGUAAUCGUGUAGCAGCAGGAGCAAGCAACGUUGAAGGUCAGCACGUAAGGGCAGAUGACAGGACUGUCUUCCUCAAAUUUUCUAAAGGAUACCCAAUCUCCGAAGCAGAAGUGCAUGACUACUUCACCAGGAGAUUUGGAGAUAUCGUAGAAGCAAUACACAUGGGUGGAGUGAAAAGGAUGGACCAAGCGAUGUAUGCAUGCAUGGUGUUACGUUCUGCUGCCAAGAUUCCAGAGAUUGUAAGCGAUGGGCUUGACAGGACCAAAUUCACCAUUAAUGGAAAAUAUUUCUGGGCUCGAAGAUUCAUCCCCAAUCACAAAAUCCGUUAAUAAUCUUCUUGUUUGAUCUUGAGGAGUUCCCAAGGGCAUAUGCAUGUGCCCUCCUCUUAAAUAAAUUUGGGACCUAUUUUAUUUUGGAUGGGGGACUUUUAUUUGGUUGGUGAUUGAUAUUUAUCUCAAAACUAUUUAGCAUG